AUGCCAACUUUCACAAACAAGCUUAUCGUUGAUGAGCUAAAUUACAACAAAGAUGAACUGGAAAAGACACAUGCUGAUAUGUUACUGAUGCUGAUUGAUGAACAAAGAUAUGUGCAUGAAAAGAUCAUGGAGUCCGUUGGUUCUAACGACGAUGGUUUCUUUUUCUUAUAUGGUUACAGUGUUGACCGGCCAAUGUGUGGUAUCAUGUCCAAGAAUGAUUCCCUAAACGAGUUUAAACUAUUUGAUGGAAUGACAAUAGUUUUAGGUGGUGAUUUCAGGCAGAUAUUGCCUGUUGUCCGAAAAGGAACGAGGCAGGAUAUUGUUGAUGCAUCAAUCAAUUCAUCAAAGAUAUGGGCUUAUUUUAAUGUGUUAAUGCUUACUAUUAAUAUGAGAUUGGGUGCAUCUUUGGUGGUCGAUGAGGCAAGGAAACUUAAGAAAGAUCUUUUGUUGUUCAAAGUGGAUUUUGAAAAGGCGUUUGAUUCUGUUGAUUGGGGGUACCUUGAUGAGGUUAUGGGGAGUAUGUCGUUCCCGGUGUUGUGGCGUAAGUGGAUAAAAGAAUGUGUUGGUACCGCUACUGCCUCAGUCCUUGUGAAUGGCAGUCCUACUGAUGAGUUUCAUCUCGAACGGGGAUUACGUCAGGGUGACCCUUUAUCUCCUUUUUUAUUUUUAUUGGCAGCAGAAGGUUUGAAUGUGUUGAUGAAAGCAUUAGUAGACGCAGGUUUGUUUACGGGGUAUAGAGUGGGGCGCGCGAAUCCGGUGGUUGUGUCUCAUUUACAGUUCGCCGAUGAUACACUUCUUAUUGGGAAUAAAAGCUGGGCUAAUGUGCGGGCGCUGAGGGCUGGUCUUGUUCUGUUUGAAGCUAUGUCGGGUUUGAAAGUUAAUUUCCAUAAGAGUUCUCUGGUAGGGGUUAAUAUUAACGAUUCGUGGUUGUCGGAAGCGGCUUCUGUGUUGGGGUGCAAAGUAGGUAAAAUUCCGUUUCUCUAUUUGGGGCUCUCGAUUGGGGGUGAUCCACGUCGACUUUUGUUUUGGGAACCUGUUGUGAACCGUAUUAAAUCUAGGUUGUCUGGUUCGCAAAGUUGGUUCCUUUCCUUCGGUGGUCGUUUGAUUCUUCUAAAGUCCGUCCUGACUGCUCUACCUGAGUAUGGAGGGUUGGAGGUUACGAGAUUGAGGGAGUUUAACAUUGCUUUGUUGGGUAAAUGGUGUUGGCGGUUGUUAUUGGAGAGGGAUGCUUUGUGGAGAAAGGUGUUAGUGGCUAGGUAUGGUGUGACGGAUGGAGGUUUGGAGGUUGGGGGCCGGAGUUGUUCGUCGUGGUGGAGGGAGAUAGUGAGGAUUAGAGAUGGGAUAGGUGAGGGUGGAGAGGGGUGGUUUGGGUCCUGCGUUAGGAGGAGGGUGGGAGAUGGUGCGGAUACCGAUUUUUGGCGUGAUUGUUGGUGCGGAGACGUUCCACUGUGUGCCCGGUUUGGGCGUCUUUUUGACUUGAGUGUACACAAAUCUAUCUCCGUUAGGAAUAUGUUCUUGUUGGGGGUGGAUGUGGGUGGGGAGGCGUUGCGGUGGCGUAGGAGGUUGUGGGCCUGGGAGGAGGAGUUGGUAGAGGAGUGUAGGGCUUUAUUACUAACAGUUUCUUUACAGGAAUCAGUGACAGACAGAUGGCUUUGGGUACCUAACCAUGAUGAUGGGUACUCAGUUCCUCUUAAAGUUUCUAUCCUUGCUUGGAGACUUUUGAGAGAUCGGUUACCUACGAAAAGCAAUUUGGCAAACCAUGGCAUUUUACCUUUGGAGGCGCGGUUGUGUGUUUCUGGAUGUGGGAACGUUGAAGAUGUUAAUCAUUUGUUUUUGUCUUGUGUUGUUCGAAUGCAAGACCCGGUAGAAACAAGACAAGAAGGCCUAACUAAAAAGACAAGUUAA